AAGACAUUCUUAACGUAUCUGUCUUGUUCUAACUUCUGCAAACGGUGUAUUAUCGUACUCUUUCUAAACAGAUAUACGUACUAUGAGAAAACUAUAAAAGAUCCGACAUCAGUUGACGUUCUUGUUUUUUAAAAAUGGACGCUGGACGUCAGGAAAAGAGUGUAUUUUGCAGGAUUUAUCGUUUUAAUGGUCACGAAUUAAACCCUGGAGAUAUUUAAUCAAUCCAUAGUGAUGGACUUAUUGUUUAUUUCGAUGUGAAAGCUGGAGAAUUUAAAGAGAGUAACAACAUGAAGAUAAAUGCUAUAAGAAUGAGUACCCCAAUAGAAGAGAAGGUUGAUCAAAAACUCAAAGUGAGAACAGGAAUGGUAACUGUUAGUGAUGGAAAAAGUAGACCAACUCCAGUUCAGUUGCAUUUAUCAAUGGAAGUUUUGAGGCUCCAAAAAGAGGAACCUGUUCCAAUAGAAUCCAAACCUCUAAAUUCAAAGGAGAGGAUGGUGCAGAUCAGGAGACAGAAAGUUGGUGGAUUAGGAUUGAGUAUUAAGGGAGGCGCGGAACAUAAACUUCCUAUAUUAAUCUCUAGAAUUUAUAAGAAUCAAGCUGCAGAUCAGACAGCAGAGCUAUUUGUUGGAGAUGCAAUAAUCAAAGUAAAUGGAGAAUAUAUAACAGCAUGUAUCCAUGAUGAUGCUGUCAACAUAUUAAGAAAUGCUGGAGAUUUGGUUGUUUUAACUGUCAAACACUACAAGGCUGCAACACCUUUCCUUCAAAAACAGGAUGAUAAGGAUUCCCAGCAAACUGACAGCAACAGUGAAAAAGAAGCGUCAGAUGACAGUUUUCGCAUACCUUCAAAUAGCACUAAUAGUAGACCAAGUUCCAUAUGUUCCGAGAUGGAUCAAGAAAUAGUUCAGACUCAUUGGGUUGACAUUAUCACAGUGCCUUUAAUGAUGGCAUAUGUAACUAGGUAUAUUUUUGGCACUGACAAAUUAAGACCAAACUCGUUCGAAGUUCGAGGCUUGAAUGGAGUCAGUACAGGUAUAAUUCAUUGUGACGACUCAGCCAUUUUGUCUCAGUGGCUAAAGUUUAUCAAUGAUAAUAUUAUUGGGUUAACAAAUUUACAGGUUAAAUUAUACAACAGAAAUUUUACUGUAUCAGAUAGAAUAGAAUAUAUGGGCUGGGUAAACGAAUGUGUUUUAAACAACAAUCAGCCUUGGCAAAACUACAAACCAAGAUUUCUAGCUCUGAAGGGAACUGAUCUUAUGUUAUUUGAUUCUCCUCCAUUGAGUCUUACUGAUUGGGGUAAAUGCACGCUGACUUUUAAAGUUUAUCAAACAAUGUUUCGAAUAGUGAAAGAAUCUGAAAAUGUUGAUGAACGGCAACAUUGUUUCCUUGUUCAAACUUCUGGCCAGGAAUCCCGGUAUUUUUCAGUUGAAACAAGGCAAGAAUUGCUGAGGAUUGAAAACGCUUGGCAUUGUUCCGUUUGCACUGCUGUAAUGAAAUUGGGUACAAAGACAUUUACUGUUAGCAGUAAUGGAAAAACCGCUAGUUUGACACUUGACUGGAACUUGGGAUUUUCAUUACACGAAGGAGAUUCCAAAGUUCCAAUUUGGCUGUAUAAAUUUUCUCAAUUAAGAGGUUCCUCAGAUGAUGGAAAGUCAAAACUCAAGCUGCAUUUUCAAGACUUAGAAACAAAAGUUAUUGAAACCAGGGAAUUGGAAUGUACAAUACUGCAGAGUUUGCUGUACUGUAUGCACGCCUUUUUAACAGCCAAGGUGGCGUCGGUGGAUCCAGGAUUCCUCUGUUCAACACAACCAUAAACUAGAACUGACACAGAUAGUAUUGUUAGCAUAGAACAAUAAUGUUGAGACUAGAUAAUUCUGAGUAGUAUAUUGUUAAGGGAUAAUUUUGUUAAAUGGGAAUAUAACACUAUACCACUGUAUAAUUGGUGUGAAAGUUAAUUGUCACCAUUUCACUCUUAUUGUCUUCUUGGGCAAGUGAAGUUAAUUUCAACUUAAACUUUAUACUAAAGAAUGAUCUUAGAAAAUUACGCUUAAAUUUUGAUAUUAUUCUUCAACACAGGUUUGUGUCUUUUUGUAAUGUUGAUAAUUUUAAAAGUCAGUAUAACUUUGACAGUAUGGACAGAUCAAAUUAUCCAGUCUAAUUUUAGAUGAUCUCACUCUAAUAUUUCCUUAACUUGGGACGUAUUUCUGGUAGACUUGUAAGUUUAAUAAUUAUAUAAUAAUACUUACAAUUGUAUUAUAAUUUGUAAUUGUAAGUUGUCCCAUUUUGUGAACUCUUCUUUCAAAUCCAAAAUGUUGAAAUUAUACUGUAUAUUGGAAUUUUUGUACCCUAAUGAUGUUAUAUGUUAUGUAUAUUCUAUUAUAAUUAGGUACCCUUGUCAUUCUACUUCCUGUCUGUCCCAAAUUUGUUAUCUUUAUAGAAACUUUCUACAGGGUGUGCCAAAAAGUUCUCAACAAAUGGGUUAUUUUUUUUUCAAUAACCAUAUAUUUCAACUUUUUGGACACCUUGUACAUAAUAUAUGACAUAAUUUUAUAGUUCAGAAUUUUAUUUUUCUAGGGGAAGCUUUAUUAUAUUUUUAACAAAUUUGUAAGUAUACCUUUUUAUUGAUGAUAUUUUAAGGUUUAAAAACAAAUGUUUAUUAAUUUAUUACAAACUUAUCUCAGUUUUGUGUUAUAGCGUCUAAAAUCAAGUAUAUACUGCAAUUUAGUAGGUUGAAUGUAAACUCUGAGGUUGAUUUUUGAUGAACGAAGUAUUAUAGGUAUCCUACAGUAAUCCAGUACUAUACGUAUACAUUUUGAAAAUGUAGAAGUAUUUUAAAUAACUAUAGUAACUCUAAAUAAUUCAUUACAGCUUAUUUCAGUAUACGAGUCCAAUCAUAAUUAUUUAAUUCCUUCCAUAAAACAAAAUCACGGUAACUUCCACUAAAGUUUAAUAUGGUUAUAUAUUUAGUUUAGAAGUUACUCUUGAACAGAAAUAGAAAGUGGUGAGAAAAAUGCCCUCAAACUUUAAUUAUGAAGAAAUCACUCUGACGCUAUAUAAUAAUAUAAAGAAUACAAAAUAUUAAUUCGCUAAGUAUGACAUACAUACUUCAUAUAUGUAUUUAAUGUACAGAUAGGAAACCAGACAUUGUCAUUCCAAUAGUCCAGUAAUGUGUAGGAAAUUAUAAACUUUAAUAUUCAUCCAAUACACCUUAAUGUGUAUUCAACAUUCUCAUCUACAUAUCAUACUCCUUGUAAAAAUAAUGGAUAGUCAAUCUUUUCAAUUAUAUCAAAUUCUAAUUAGCAAUAAGUACAAUUAGCAAACGAUAUUUAUAUAUUUUAAAUUGUUACCAAAGAAAACGUAUAUUAUAUUUUAUAUGAACAUUUAGUUAUUCAUUUAGUUUCUAUGUUGAAGCCGUUAUAUUUGCCUAUAUUUAUAUCUGGUUGAUUAUAUAUUUUAUUAGGUAACGUUAAGAUUUUGCUUGCCAUAAAAUGAAAUUUGGUUCAUUUUCUGAAUGGUGAAGCUGAUCCAAAUCCUUUAAACUGAUUCAGUACAUCAUAAUAGCUGUUUGACAUUGAUCAUAAGCAUGACUCAUUUAAUCUUUUAAAUUAGCAAGAUAUAUACAAGGUGCCACAACUAUCAAUAGUUCAAAUGAUCUUAGUCUUAAAUGUUUAGUAGUUUAUAGGGUGUUUAAAUUUUUUUGUAGCCGUCUUUUAUAUUUUUUCUGUAUGUAACUCUUUUCAAUGCACUUUCUUAAGAUAACUUUGAUAAUAAUCUGCCAGGUAGUUCCGUAAAUGACUUGAUCACUAGUAUAUCUGCGGUUAUCUAUAGAUAAUUAGGUAAUAUGAUUAUUAAUAUUAACUACAACUAUAUUUAGUCUAUGGUUAAAGGUAUUUAAGUGUGAUGAACAAGAAUUUAUCCCCUAACUAAAAAAAAGUAAUAUACAUAUUGAUUUGUCUAAGCUGCCGCAACAUCCGUUUCAAUAGUUCUGUUCACUUUUGUUCUCGUUUAAACUCAUAGUAACCAAUUGAUGCUCGGUAUGGUUGUAUGUAGUUAAUAUUUAUGGCUAAUAUGCAUUUUCUAGAUUAGAUGCACUUAAUAUACAAGAGCUAAGGGUCAUUUACUUUGAAUUAUUUUAUCAUUAUAUUUGGUACCCCUAUAUGCUGGGAUGAAAAAAAUGAAAACUUUCGUAUUGAAAGUCGUGUUUAUUGCUAGUUAUGGGAGAAAAUGAUUUGAUCUCACGGGUUCAAAAUUACUAACAAAAUAUCUGUGAUAUUAGUAUUAGGGUAUUUAUUUCUUUUAAACGAUUAGUUAAAUUAUAUUUAUUAUGUUAUUCUGUUUUUUUUUUUUUAAGAUUAUUAUCAGCACAAUAACUAUGUGUCAGCAGGAACUACCGGCGUUUUUUAUUCUCAAUAUUCACAGAAACUUAGGACUUUUUGAAUUUACUCAAGGCGGACUUUUUACGUGAAUAUUAUUAACAUAAAAAAAUUAUACUUUAGAAAAUGGGUAACAAAUAAUAGAAAGAAAAUAGAAAAAAAAUAAGUUCAAUGAAUUAAUUUUAAUUGAAACAUAAAAAUGUUCGAACUGCGAUUUAUUGAACUUGAUUUUCUCUAAUUUUUUGAAGUAUAAAUACAUUUGUUAAAAAGAAUGAAAAUUACUUUAAUUUUUAAGGGAAAUUAUUUCCAAUAUAUGCAGGGCCAUUCAUGCAAUUUGUUUUCCUUGUCCUAUAUUAGUGGUCAAACCAAUUUACCGAUUGUUUAGUUAUUAAUGAAUUAAUGAUCUCAUUAUGUGAAUAGAUACUCUUAGUUUCGUGGCACUUUUUAUAUAUGUUGAGAUUUUACAUAAUACAACCUUUAAACAUAUUUCUUAUUAUUCCUUAACUAUAAGGACAUAAUAUACAAUUUGUAAUGUUUAAUUGUUAAUAGUUGACAUGAUAAUUAGUUGUAAAUUAUAGAUACAGGAGAUCUGAGAUUAAUUAUUGAUUGACCGACUUGAUUAUAAUGUAACAACUUCUAUAACAAAUUUAACGUGUAUUUGAAGAUUGAUCUCAGAUUUCGCUGUAUAUGUAAUUUGUUUUUUGAUGCUUGGCUUAGUUGUGUUGUACUUUCUAAGCUAUUAAAGAAUUAAACUAAGUACAAGGAAAGUUGUUCAAUGUACUUGGUCUCUUAUAUGAAACUGGUUAUGAUUUAGAUUGUUUGCAUUUACUGAAAUGGUUGUGAUUUGUAAAUUAAUUUAGAUAAUUAUAUUAAAGUUAGGAAAGUGACAAGGGUAUAUUCAAUAUAUGUACUUCUGAGUGUAGAAAAAAUAACUGGUUGAUGUUUAUUCAUUUUCACUAAUAUUAGUGAAUCAAAAUUACUCAGACAUGUUAAUGUACUCUUGCUGCACUGACUCUCCUAUUUUGACCAAAUAGAAUAAUUAUUUAUUAUUAAUGUUACAAAAAAGUUAAUAAUCGUUGACAAUAUAAAUAAAUUUAUUUAGCGCCCCUAUCAUAAUUUUC